AUGGACUUUUCAAACAACCUAUUCGGUGGACAAAUUCCUGAGGAACUUGGAGAACUUAUUUCGCUGCAAAUGCUCAUCUUCUCUCACAACAACUUCACUGGUCCUAUUCCACCAUCUUUAGGACCUAAGGUAGCACUUGAAUCGUUGGAUCCCUCAUCAAAUAAGCUUGGUGGCAGAAUUCCUUCCCAAUUGACGAAUCUGACAUUCCUUGCAGUGUUAAACCUUUCAGAAAAUAAUCUCAUCGGACCAAUUCCCCAUGGGAAUCAAUUUGAUACGUUUGAUAAUGAUUCCUACAGUGGUAACUUGGGAUUGUGUGGCUUACCAUUGUCAAAGCAAUGCGAUAAACGGGAGGACGGAAUCUAUUAG